AUGUCUCAAGAAAAAGUAAUUGAAAAACCUCUGCAACAGUUUGUUGUGCAAGCUCAAAAAUUGGAAGGUGACAGCUUAGUGGAAGUCAUUAAACAAGCGUUGGAUUGUGUUGACACAUUUGUGUUUGCGGAACUAUUAGAAUGCCCUAAUGUUAUUGCACUGGAGACCACACCUCAUGCACCAUACCUACAUGCAUUACGUAUGUUUUCACAAGGCACGUAUUUGGAUUAUUUGGACAAAAAAGAAUAUUUGCCAGAACUCAGUGAACCCCAGAAGAAAAAACUGCAAUACUUAACAAUCGUUACAUUAGCCAAUAAAAUGAAAAGAAUACCUUAUGAUGUUCUUUUGAAAGAGUUGGAUGUUGAUAAUGUUAGGGACUUAGAGGACCUAAUCAUUGAAGCGAUCUAUUCUAAUGUGGUUUCUGGCGAACUUGACCAACAGAGUGAUUAUCUGGAAGUAGAUUGGACAGUUGGCAGAGAUGUUGGAUCUAAUGAUAUUGACAACAUGAUAGGCACAUUACAGCAGUGGUGUGAUUCAUGUGAGAAUGUUCUUUCUACAGUUCAAGCUCGUAUUGUUGAUGCUAAUCGAACUAAGCAAGAUGUACUAAAACACCGUGCUGCUGUCGACAAUGAAGUUGCUAGCGUGAAAAAAGCAAUUAGGACUCAAAUACAAGAUGAAGAAAUGUCAGUAGAUACUAGCGGUCCUACAAAAAAAAGUGUUAAAGGAAUAAAACCUAGCGGAGCUAAAUUUUGGAACAAGUAA